ACCCUUUCAUCUCUGAUUAAUCAGCGCGCGACAAGACAGGGGGAAAUAAAUUGCGGUUGCACACUGGGAGUCAGCCGUGAACUCUGCUGUCCCGUGAGGUCCGGUGAUGUAUGAUCUCACAACAUUCAACUGGUUGUGUAAACAAACUCAUUAAUCCAGAAGGGUGCUUAUUAUACUAGCCUACUAGUGGGUGGAGGGUCAUUGUACGCGGUGCUGUCGACAUUCUACUGUACUUGAAUAUAAAGGAUGGGCGUGAGUCGCCCUCGAAAGGGAAGCGAGGGGGGAUCCAUUUUCAGCAUAGAAGGCGAGCUCACUGCUCAGUUCACUCUGCGCGCUGCUUCCUAUGCGGAGUGAGAGAGAGGCGCUAUGGAUACUACAGGAAACACCACACCAGCUGUCUGAAGACCAGCCAAAUAUCAACUGAAACGCACAGGAGGGAGGGGAGUGUGAGAAACAUAGGUUGUGUGUGUGUGUUAAAGUGUGCAUGUUAGAGAGAGCGAGAGAGAGGACUAAGGUUGGACCAGGUGAUCACGUCCUAUCAAACCUCCAAGGAGCUGCCGGCCAGGAUCAGUGUUUACAGGAAGGAUCAGAGUUCCGACCAGAACAUGGUGGUGCCAGCCCGCUGCCCGGGACCCUGUGCCAUGCUGGCGCUCAGCCUUCUCAUGGGAUACGGCGUGGUGCGCUGCGUCGCCGGUCAGAACGACACGGAGCCCAUCGUACUGGAGGGGAAGUGUCUGGUGGUCUGCGACUCCAACCCGUCCUCAGACGGCGGGGUGACUUCAUCGCUCGGGAUAUCCGUCCGGUCGGCUGGCGCCAAGGUAGCUUUCUCCGCGGUGCGCGGGACGAAUCACGAGCCCUCCGACAUGAGCAACACGUCCAUGACCAUCUACUUUGACCAGGCUUUAGUGAACAUCGGCAACCAUUUCGAUCUGAAAGCGAGUGUCUUCCAGGCGCCAAGGAGGGGCAUAUACAGCUUCGGCUUUCAUGUGGUCAAGGUCUACAACAGACAGACCAUACAGGUCAACCUGAUGCAGAACGACUACCCGAUCAUAUCAGCUUUCGCCGGUGACCAGGACGUCACUCGGGAGGCGGCCAGCAACGGCGUUCUUCUGCAGUUGGAGCGCGAGGACCGGGUGUAUCUGAAGCUGGAACGGGGCACGCUCAUGGGCGGAUGGAAAUAUUCCACGUUCUCAGGCUUCCUUGUCUUUCCACUAUAAUUUAAUAUGUGAUCACGGUAAUCGCAAACGUGACUCCUCCAUGGUUGAGGAACGAUUAAAAAACAAACAAAUUUGCUCUUUUAUUUGAAGUGGACUGUCAGAGGAAGAAGACAGAUUCGUAUGUGUACACACUACACACUUUACAGUAUCUAUUUCAUUCAAACAUUAACGUUUCCAUGGAGUUCGUACAUCCAAAUCCAUCGACUAAAACCCUAUCUGGAAGGAUAAUCGAAUCGAUCUACCCGUGAUGUAUAGGCCUACCACUUGUCGAUUAUUUGGAUUUUAUCGCUUGGGAGUCAACUAACUUUUGUCAACAGACUGUCAAGUCAGUCUACCUCUGUGUACCCUGACUGUCAAGUCAGUCUACCUCUGUGUACUGCUGAACAGAUGAGAAUAAUAUUAUAUACAUCGAAAAGCUUCAAACUUCCCGAACUAACGUGUAUUUACCAAUGCUCUCUCUAUUUUGUGUUUGUGUAGCCUUAAAUAAUAAUAUUUCCGUCAAGUGAGGUGUAUGGAAUUCUUAUGGACGUCCAGGAGAAGAAGAGUGCUUUCACGCCGAAGCCUUUUUUUUAUUUUUUUUGUUGCAGGAAUGGAAGAAUGUGUUUGUUUGUUGCUGUUCAUGGUGUUCCGUUUGGAUGCUGAACAUAAUGGAAGACUUUUUUUUGUUUUUGUUUUGUGCUUUUCACGGUGUUCCAUUUGGAUGCUGGACAUGUUGAAAAGAAGGCAAAUAUAGGCUGCCUAACUAUCCAGAGAUGAUAUGAAACAUUUUUAAAAAAGCGACAUAUUUCAGCCAAUGGACACGUCUAUAGAAACUCUUUUACAAAAAAAUAAUUAUUUAUCUAAUUUAUAAAGUACAUAUUCACAUUAUGGUGUGUUCUACAUUUCGGAUCUGCGUAGCUUUAACUGAUAUUGUGUCCAGUGACGUUGCUCACACAUGUACAUUGUGAAAAAUAACAACAGAAAAAUCCCAAUUAUAUGAUGUCCCGCCUAAUAAAUAAUAUUGCAUUGUAUACGCGUAUGUAUUCACUUUUAUUAUAUAGGCUACCAGUUUAGGCUUGCAAAUGACAUGCAAGGUCGAAAAGGCAUCAGGAAAGUAAUCGGGAUAGAAUCGGUCAUUAAAUGAAGUAGUGUACAGCAAACGGCCUCAGACCUGUAGCGCACUAUUGACUGACGCUGUCCAUGGUGCUGAUCGAGCAGCCGCUUGAACAGAAUGCAAUGUUACACUUCACAGAGCACUGGAGCCCACACCAACACGCAUUCAACUCUUGUGGUUUCAAAAUUGAAAACAGAUUUUUAUCAACUUUGCAUGUUUCAUUAUUGUGAGAUCAAACAAUAGACAAAUCAAUACAAUACAAUAGCAUACUGACAUUCUCAAAACCGCUAUAUUUUGAUUUGAGUGGCGAAAGAAGUACUCAAUAACUCUAAUUAUCUUCGCAAAAUAAUUAUGCAAUGCAGAGACACUGCGUUAUUGUUUUGGACCUGCUGUAGAAAAACAACCCUCCAUCACACAGGAACAAAGGGAACAGGUCUUCACUACCUUAUCAUGUAGAACGUAAAGCUGUGUAAAUGCCUGGUCUAUUUGCAGAGGUGGUGUGUGUGUGUGCGUGUGUGUGUGUGUGUGUGCGUGUGGGAUAGCAAAUAUAUAAGUAGAUGUUAUACCUAAUGGUGCCUAGAUGUGGAAUAUAGGCCUCUACAAUGCAGUCUUAUUGCCAUUGGUUCUCUGAUGUAGGUCAAAGAGGAACUAAUUAAAACAAACAUUGUGAAAGAUAACGGCCAUAAAUGAAACGGAUAAUAGAACAAAAUGAAUUGGUGUGGUGUAGUUACAGUUUAGCCCAAUAGGAACGUAACGGAGAUGUUAAGUACACCUAGGAUUUUGUCGUUGUUGGUUUCCUUCGGGGGCCGCGUCCCAGCCUCUCCUUGCUGAAACCCGCAGCUCGAUAUCCAGAGGAAGUCAUGACAAAUCGUAUGUGUACAUACCAUCUCCGUUAUGUUCUUAUUAGGCUACACUGGAACACUUUACUUUGACCUUUGCAUUGGACCCUCAGAACGUCUGUGGUCUGGAACCCAAAACCACUUACUUGACUGUUGCUACGUGAUGCUUAAAAGCUCAUGGGUUGUUUUGCAUAAGAACAUCGUUUUAAACAGCUACCCGGGGUUGCAAAUGCAUUCAGGCAACUAUAGUAUCAUAAACUGUCGAUGUUUAUGCCUUAUCUCUCGUGGGUAGAUUGUGCGUGUAGCCGGAAGAAUCUGUCGGGGCUGAAUGACACGUACGUGAUGACGAGCAGCAUUUGUUUGGGUUUUGGAGUUUUCUUCAUUGGUUAUUUGAACGUAUCAGGAUGAGGCGAAAGCGGUGCUCAAAUUGCUUUGCGCGUGUUCCCAGCCGGAUUGGAAGGGGGCUUUGAAUGAUAGUUUUCUAAAGGUGGAGACCAAACCUGGGGGUCAAGUACAUGUGUGUUUGAGUAUUUUAUAUUUAAAAACUUUUGUUCUGUAUAUUUGAGUAUUUUCUAUUUAAAUACUUUUGGAGCAUUUGCAAAUACACAGGCAAAAACAUUUCGAGUAUUUGAUUGGAUAUUUGUAAAAAAAAAGAAUAAAAAAAGUUGAACAAAUUGAAUUUUAAAGUUCUUUCAAAUAUUUUUUCAAAUACUAUCUUUAAAUACCUUGGUCGAAUUCAUGGGAGUGUAUUCGAGCCUUCCUAGUGUAUUUCCAAAUACAUUCCAAUAUUGAGCUACUUGUUAUUUCAAAUGAAGGUUAACUGAAUACAUGUAUUUAAGUGGAUUAAAAAGUAAUUGAAAUGACUGAAAUAAUAUUUGAACCCAGGUCUGGUAUUUUGAUAAUGAUGCAGGUGUGCAUUGUGCUGUAUGCCAAGCAGUCAUGACAGCAGCAAGAUGGCAGACUUUAGCUGUGGAUCAAUGAUAUUGGCUGAGAUCUGCUAUCCUCAAAAGAAUGCUAAAAUAUUCUUAUGCAGAUUAUCAUUUCUCAACUAAUAUUGAUCAAAGUCGAUUAUCUCAGCAGGAUCUCUUUUAGUGACUUUAUAUUCACCUAUCAAACAUGUCAAUGGCACAAAAUAAAGAGAUUUGUAUAGCCUAUUAUUCAAAAAAUCUUAUAAAAUGUAAUGUCCAAGAAAAAAUCCAAGGUGGCAACUGAAUUGGCAUUGGAAGUGGAACCCAGCUGGUAACUGUCUAGGGAAUCAGCCUUGACUAGUUCUAUACAGUUCCUACCCUGAACAUACCAGACACUAUAAGUGCACUUUCUAUACAAAAUAUGUUUUAUUGUAACAUACAUGUGUAGUGAAAUAGGUUGUUUUAGAGGGUCAGCCAUCAUAGUACAUUGCAAAUUUGGGUUAAGUGCCUUGUCAAGCGCACAUCUACAGACUUUUCACCUUGUUGGCACGGCUACUCAAACCAACAACUGAAAGGUUGCUGGCCCCACGCUCUAACCGCUAGUCUACCUGCCCCCCUAGUACACAUCUGGUUGAUAUGGCCAUUCAUUUUUCCAUAACGAGACCUAAAUGUUCUAAUGGGACCAACAGCUGAGAGCACAGCAGAGCAGGGAGGCCUGCUGUUACUAAGACAGAUGACAGGCCAGCUAUAAGAGUAGAAUGGACCUGGAAACCAACCUACAACUCACCGCCUCCCUUUCAAUAGCUAUUUGGACAGCAUUGUAUAACGCUCCAUAAACUUGUGAUUAAGCCCAUACUAACUCAAACCAUCUAUUUUGGGACCAUUGAUUCCCCUUAUUAUAGUAGUGUCUCAUUCGCUUGUCUGUUCAAGGCUUGAUUUCUCAAAAUGUUUCUUGUUGUUCCAAUUAUUUGAAUCCGUAGAGGCAUACACAAAGAUAUAAGGGAUUAUUUCUGUGUGUAUUCUAGCGACGGGCCUUUUUCCACAGGAAGCUUGUACAAUAUCGGCGAUCUGCUGCUAGCCAUGAAACUUCAAAACACCAUAUUGUUGCUGGAUGGGUGUAUUUGAUAUUAGCAUCAUGUAGCAGAGAUAUGAAAGUUAGCCACCUGUCUAGAUGAGUGUAUUUGAUAUUAGCAUCAUGUAGCAGAGAUAUGAAAGUUAGCCACCUGGCUGAUGUGCACAUCUCUAUGUCUUCUGUUAGCAGCACUCGUUUAUAAGUGCGAACCAUGGUUGUAUUGGGUAUUGGGUGUCUACGGCAUUUAUCAAAGAUGUGAAGUGAUAAAAACACCAUGUGUCUGCCCCAAUAGCACCAUCAAUCCCUGUUUAUGUAGAGGGGAGGGGAGUGGGGGAUUUUAUGAAUGUAUAGACAGCAGCAUAUUGUGCUUUGUGGGCCCUAUAAAUAUAACGAUACAACUGGUACCACCCACUGAGCUAAUAUAGCCAUAUGUUUUAAAGAUGUCUUUGUUUCAGAGUUAGUCUCUUGGUGGCUGGUUUGCUUCUUGUUAAAUACCCUUUGAGGCUUUGUCUUUGGGCUCAUGUUUCAUUUUAGCCGCUCACCCAGCAGGAUCGUAAAACUUCAAUGUGGGACCUCACAGCACACAGCACGACAAUACUUUAUGCAUUACAGUCUAAAUGACAUAUUAAAGUCAUCCGAGGCAUAUUAUCUGUGGCUUCAGCCAGUUCUAA